UGAUCUUUGAAGAAAUGUUCCCUAAAAUGUUGAACAAUCGAAGGAUUCCUCUCCUGACCGUUGUCAGUGUUGUGAUGUUUCUUGCUGGUUUACCAUUGGCUACACAGGCAGGAGUUUAUAUGUUCCUACUGGUGGACUGGUACACGGGAACCUGGAGUGUCAUGUUGAUAGGUAUGGCCAAGUGUAUCAUGUUUGCCUGGAUUUAUGGUACACACAGAAUCGACCGUGACGUUCGCCUGAUGCUCAACCGGCCACUUCCCGCCAUCAUCCGAUUAACUACAGCAUUCAUUAUGCCCGUUUUUUCUCACGAAAGUAAAGUCUGA